AUGCCAGGGAAUGUAGUGCGCCUAUCAAUUUCCUUUCUCUCGCCCCUCUUCCUUUCUCUCGCCCCUCUUCCUUUCUCUCGCCCCUCUUCCUUUCUUCCCCCCUCUAUUCCCUCCGUCUGCUCAUGGGUCCUCAUUCGCCGCCGUAUUCACUCCCCUCGUUCCCUUCAUUCCCCCUCAUUGCCCCGCUCCCCUCAUUCCCCUCUUCCCCUCAUUCCCCCCUUCCCCUCAUUCCCCUUUCCCCUCAUCCCCCUCCCCCUUGCAGCUCCUUCCAUGCUCAAGCGCACCCUCCCCUGCCCUCAAAUCCCCCUUGCUGACGUCAUCAGGGCCACCAAUGGGUGGGCAGAGGGGCGGAGGGUAGGGGGAGGCAGGUGGAGUGACGUGUACAAGGGGGUAUGGGGGGAGUGGACGGGGGAGGUGGAGGGGGAAAGGGGCAAGGAGGGGGGAAAAGGCAAGGAGGGGGAAAGAGGCAAGGAGUGGGAAAGAGGCAAGGAGGGGGGAAAGGGCAAGGAGGGAGGUGAGGCGGAGAACAAUGAUGGGGAAGGAAGAGGGGGAGAGGGGAAGCGGGAAGGGGGAGAGAGGAAGCAGGAAGGCGGAGAUGCGGGGGGGGCGUUGCAGAGGAAGCAGGGGGUGCGUGCAGGGAGGGGGAGGGCGCGGGGGCGGGGGGGCGUGUGGGCAGUGAAGCGCAUGAAGGGGGCACCGCAGUGGGCGUCUCUGGAGGCCCAUGCGCUGGCCUUGUCGCGAGUGGGGCACCCCAACGUGCUCCGCCUCGUGGGGUGGUGCUGCUGGCAAGGUAUAGCGGGCAGCGAGGCUGAAGGGGGCAGCGAGGCUAAAGGGGGCAGCGAGGGGCUGCAAGAUGCAGGGCAGCGGGGAGAGAAGGGGGGCGGGAAGGAGGGGGGAGAGAAGAGGGGCGGGCAGGAGAGGGGCGAGGAGGGGGGCAGGCAGGAGGGGGGAGAGAAGGGGAAAGAGGAGGGGGGAGAGGAGGAGGUCGGGCGGUUGGGGGGAGAGGAGGGGGAAGAGGGGGGGCAGGUGUUGGUGUACGAGUGGAUGGAGAGGGGCAGCUUGCAGGCGGUGCUGCAGGCAGGUGCGCUCACAGUGGCAGGUGCGCUCACAGUGGCAGGUGCGCUCACAGUGGCAGGUGCGCUCACAGUGGCAGGUGCGCUCGCAGUGGCAGACGACUCCAGGAAGGGCGUCAAGGACUUUGUCACGGCAGUUGAGCAGGACGAGGCCAUCGGCAUAGCACGCGAGGACCUGCCUGAGAACGUUGGUCCUGCCGUCGCCCUGUUGCUGGCAUCGUGGGGUGUCCUGGCCUGA